CAGCUGAAUAUGUGAAAUCUCGACUCCCAGAAGCCCUCAAACAGCAUCUUCAGGACUAUGAGAAGGACAAGGAAAACAGUGUGUUGUCUUAUCAGACCAUUCUUGAACAGCAGAUUCUAUCAAUUGACCGGGAAAUGCUAGAAAAACUGACUGUAUCCUAUGACGAAGCAGGCACGACGUGUUUGAUUGCUCUACUGUCAGAUAAAGACCUCACCGUGGCCAAUGUAGGUGACUCAAGAGGAGUCCUGUGUGACAAAGAUGGGAACGCCAUUCCUUUGUCUCAUGACCACAAACCUUACCAACUGAAGGAAAGAAAGAGGAUCAAGAGAGCUGGUGGUUUCAUCAGUUUCAAUGGCUCGUGGAGGGUCCAGGGAAUCCUGGCCAUGUCUCGAUCCCUGGGAGACUAUCCACUGAAAAAUCUCAACGUGGUCAUUCCGGACCCCGACAUCCUGACCUUUGACCUGGACAAGCUCCAGCCCGAGUUCAUGAUCUUGGCGUCUGAUGGCCUGUGGGAUGCUUUCAGCAAUGAAGAAGCCGUUCGAUUCAUCAAGGAGCGCUUGGAUGAACCUCACUUUGGAGCAAAGAGCAUAGUUUUACAGUCAUUUUAUAGAGGCUGCCCUGACAAUAUUACAGUCAUGGUGGUGAAGUUCAGGAAUAGCAGCAAAACAGAAGAGCAGUGAACCCUCCAGGGGUCUCCGCUGCCUUAGACGAAGGACUUUUCACACACUGGUCUCUUUCAUGUAGUAAAAGGUGUGGGAAUUGUAAUUAGGAUCAUCCGCCCCAGACUCUAAGCGUCCCCCUCCCUCCCUUGGUGGUCUUAGAUUGAUAAUGGAGAGAUGAACAGAGAUGCCCUGGCCAAAGUGGUAGAAAGGCUGGAAAAUGGUUUCUUCAUGCUUUCCCAACUCUCUCAUCAGUGUCAAAAUAUAUAAGUAGGUAGCUGUAGAUGCACAAACCCGGGGAUGGCCGGUGUGCUCGCGGCAGUCUGUUGCAGGUUCUUUUCAGGAUCUCCAUCACAGUCGUCCAGGGUUCAGCCUUCAUGGCCGCUCUGCAUGCAGGGACAGGGACACGCCUUCCCUGCCACAUGGGAUGGGCACUGUGCUGCCUGGCCAGUUGGGAGCCAGAAUGUCAGUACCCUCUCCCUAAGAACAGAGUGGUCUGAAAAAUGCUUUGUCCUCUCGAGACUGCAGCCGCCCCAAGGCAGAUCUGUAAUGGGUUCUUGGCUUGCUCAUGGAGACUGAAGGGAGUGGCAAGCACCAGAUAGCAGGGCCUCCUGGCAUCCUGGCAUGGCCUCCACAACAGGAAUGGGCCCUCACCUCACUCCCCGCUUAGUUGAUGACUCCUGGCCCACCCUGGUGCGAUUCUCUCCAUUGCGCAUGACUAUGUCUCUGGCUCGCAUCUGUGACAGACAGAUGUUUGGCUGCCAAACCCCACAAUUUGUCCUCUUACCAAUACAACAUGAGGGGAAGCAAACAAAGCAAACUACAGUGUCAGAUUCCUUCCAUCUUUAAGAGUGAGUUAGGAGAGAGAAACUCCCAGUGCCCCUGGAAGUCUGUCUGAACUGGGAGAGAAAGGAGAGAGCUGGAGAGACCACCGCCCAAGUGCUGCUUCCUGUGCAGCUAGCUUUGCUUCCCUUGCAGCUAGCUUUGCUUCCCAUGAAGCUGGCUUUCCUCCCCCAGCACACUGGCUUUCGAGUAUCUGUCAAGCAGAGAUUAGAGAAGCAGCGGCCAAGAAAUGUGUGUGGGUCCCUUGAACUCAGUUUCCAGCCACCAUUUGCACACUUGAGAAUUGGAGGAACUUCUUGGACAUACUUAUCAGCCAUGCAAAGAGCCUUCUCUAGACAAAUGUGAACUGCCUCACAUCACCUGGAGGAAGACAGCCCAGGGCCUGCAAAGCUGGUUUGCACCUCAAGGAAGGCUCUGUAUGGAGAAGGAUUUGGAGACCUGGUUUGCUGCUCUCCAUUUCCUGUCACCAAAGUUCUGUUUUUUCCCCUAGCCUUAGUAUUUUUUAUGUUAACUUAGAGAAAAUAUCGGUUAUCCUCUUUGUCUAAAGAAAUAGAGGCAACUCAAGCAGCCAAACAAGAGUCUUGUUGCCUUUCUACCUGUACGGGCUCAACCUGGGUCUGGUUCUUUCUGAAGCCAUCCAGCCCCUCUUCACCGGCGCCUUCCUUCCCCAGUGUCCUGCCUCUGUCCUUCAGCUGCAGAGCCUCCCCAAGAAGCCCUUCUGUGUCAAGAUCUGUGAAGAAGAAAGAUGAACUUGGGCUGCUGAGGUCUGCCCUUUGCCUUGACUCUUCCCACAGCUUAACCUUCCUUUGACUGCACUGAAGAUUAUUAAUGAUUUCCCAAGAGAUUUGCUUACUUUCAUACACACACACACACACACACACACACACA